AUGUCUUCAUCUUUUCGAAGUGAGGAGAUGUGUCUCGCUCAGCUGUUAUUUCAGACUGAAUCCGCCCACAACUGCAUCAGUGAACUUGGACAUCUCGGGCUGGUUCAGUUUAAAGAUCUGAAUCCUGGUGUAACGGCUUUUCAGAGGCGAUUUGUGAAAGAAGUGAAGAAAUGUGAAAAGAUGGAGAGAAUUUUGAGGUAUCUUGAGAAGGAAAUGGUGAAAUCUAGCAUUGUUAUUGCACCAACGAAGGAGAAGGAGAUCGUCCCCUGUCCCAGAGACGUUCUCGAGCUAGAGUCCACGUUUGAGAAGUUGGAGCAGGACCUGAGAGAAAUCAACCGUAACCAUGUGGCACUCCGUCAGAACCUCAGCGAACUAAUGGACAUCGAUUCUCUGUUGAGGAUGGCUGAGGACUUCUUUGAAGAGGCUGAAUCUCUGAUGUCAUGUUCUGAACCUCCUUCAGAAGACUCCAUGUGUAUGACUGUCUCAUCGCGCAUCACCAGUCGCAGAAACAGCAGCUCCAGCAUCAUUGGACCGCCAUAUCUGGGAUUUAUAGCGGGUGUUAUCAAACAAGAAAGGUUUCCUGCCUUUGAAAAGGUUCUUUGGCGUCUUUUCCAUGGGAAUUUUGUCCUUCGGCAUGCAGAGAUACAGGCCACAGAAGAGCUCCAGACAGACAGGGGACUUGCCAAGAAAGAUGUGUUCAUUAUAUUCGUCCAGGGAGAUCACGUGCGAGAAAAGGUUCGAAAAGUGUGUGACGGCUUUCAUGCCAGUUUGUAUUCGUGCCCAAAAACGUUGCAUGAACGCAAGGAGAUGAGCAACAACAUCAUGACACGGAUGGAAGAUCUACGAUUGAUCCUGAGAAGGACCGAGGAGUAUCGCGCUGGCGUCUUGAUGAAAGCUGCAGAUCAUGUACACGAGUGGAGCAGUAAAGUGAAGAAGAUGAAGGCCAUCUACUACACUCUGAACCUCUGUAACAUAGACAUCACACAGAAGCUGAUCGUAGCUGAGAUCUGGUGCUCUGUGUCAGAUCUCACAUUAGUUCACAACGCCCUGAUUAAAGGAUCUGAGCAGAGUGGUUCCAGUGUGACUCCAGUUCUGAACCGCAUUCAGACUCAACAAACGCCACCAACCUUUAACAGAACCAACAGCUUUACUGAGGGUUUUCAAGCCAUUAUUGACACCUAUGGGGUCGGUACCUAUCAGGAGAUCAAUCCAGCUCCAUACACGACAGUUACCUUCCCCUUCCUGUUUGCCGUGAUGUUUGGAGAUUGUGGUCAUGGUUUAGUGAUGACAUUGUUUGCGGUCUGGAUUGUUACACAGGCCGAACGUUUGAGGAAAUAUAAAAAUGAGUCCCAACUUAUUGGUGUCCUGGUUGGAGGACGGUACAUCAUUUUGCUCAUGGGAAUGUUCUCUGUUUACACUGGCCUGAUUUACAAUGACUGCUUCUCAAAGUCCUUCAACGUGUUUGGUUCUUCCUGGCGUGUUCAGCCCACGUUUCACCCCCACGGGCCAUGGCACAAUGACACACUACAUGAUUGUGAGCAUCUUCAGCUGGACCCAGUCAUUCCUGGGGUUUAUUCUGGUGUCCCAUAUGUGUUUGGCAUUGAUCCGGUUUGGAACAUUGCAUCAAAUAAGCUGUCGUUUUUAAACUCCUUCAAAAUGAAGAUGUCUGUGAUUUUGGGAGUCAGUCAUAUGCUUUUUGGGGUGACCCUCAGCUUGUUUAACUAUGCAUAUUUCCGAAACUUCCAGGACGUCUUGAUCGAGUUCAUUCCACGGAUGAUCUUCCUCUUGUCUCUCUUUGGAUAUCUGGUGUUACUCAUCCUUUACAAAUGGUGCAUCACCGUACCAUCCGACGUGGCUCCCAGCAUUCUCUUACUCUUCAUUAACAUGAUGCUGUUUGAUUAUCAGUCUCAACAUCAUCUCCUUUAUGAAGGACAGAAAGCUGUACAGAUCUGUCUGGUUGUGACGGCUGUUCUCAUGGUUCCUGUGAUGCUGAUGGUGAAAUCUUUCCUCGUCUACAGAACGUACAUGAAAUCCAGACAGCCGGUGUUUGGAAACUCUCUGAACGAUCAGCAUGGAGCAGACACGCGCUCUUCCUUCUCACAACAUCAGAGUAAUGAGACCGUAAGCAUCUUCAAUCCUUCACAUCUUACAAGAGUAUCUUAUAUAGUAGCUCUCCCUUCUUUUGACAUUAAGAUCAUUUGGUCUCAUCUUCAUUUGCAGGUGAGCAUGAGUGACAUCUUUGUGUAUCAGGCCAUCCACACGAUCGAAUUCUGCCUGGGCUGCAUUUCCAACACGGCCUCGUAUCUGCGGCUCUGGGCUCUCAGUCUGGCUCAUGCGGAGCUGUCAGAGGUGCUUUGGCGGAUGGUUCUUCAGGUGGGACUGAGCUUCUCCUCUGGUAUGGGUUCUCUUAUGUUAGCACUGAUCUUUGCUGCUUUUGCGGUUCUCACGGUGACCGUUCUUCUGGUUAUGGAGGGUCUCUCGGCUUUUCUGCACGCUUUACGGCUACACUGGGUUGAAUUUCAGAACAAGUUUUAUGAGGGCUCUGGCUACAAGUUCACACCCUUGUCUUUCGACAGCCUCUUGAAAACUCAGCAAUCCCUACCUCCAUACACGACAGUUACCUUCCCCUUCCUGUUUGCCGUGAUGUUUGGAGAUUGUGGUCAUGGUUUAGUGAUGACAUUGUUUGCGGUCUGGAUUGUUACACAGGCCGAACGUUUGAGGAAAUAUAAAAAUGAGGCAUGAAACCACACGCUUCUUUUUUACUGCCACAAUUAUUUCAGAUCUCAGUCUGGACGGUACAUCAUUUUGCUCAUGGGAAUGUUCUCUGUUUACACUGGCCUGAUUUACAAUGACUGCUUCUCAAAGUCCUUCAACGUGUUUGGUUCUUCCUGGCGUGUUCAGCCCAUGUUUCACCCCCACGGGCCAUGGCACAAUGACACACUACAUGAUUGUGAGCAUCUUCAGCUGGACCCAGUCAUUCCUGGGGUUUAUUCUGGUGUCCCAUAUGUGUUUGGCAUUGAUCCGGUUUGGAACAUUGCAUCAAAUAAGCUGUCGUUUUUAAACUCCUUCAAAAUGAAGAUGUCUGUGAUUUUGGGAGUCAGUCAUAUGCUUUUUGGGGUGACCCUCAGCUUGUUUAACUAUGCAUAUUUCCGAAACUUCCAGGACGUCUUGAUCGAGUUCAUUCCACGGAUGAUCUUCCUCUUGUCUCUCUUUGGAUAUCUGGUGUUACUCAUCCUUUACAAAUGGUGCAUCACCGUACCAUCCGACGUGGCUCCCAGCAUUCUCUUACUCUUCAUUAACAUGAUGCUGUUUGAUUAUCAGUCUCAACAUCAUCUCCUUUAUGAAGGACAGAAAGCUGUACAGAUCUGUCUGGUUGUGACGGCUGUUCUCAUGGUUCCUGUGAUGCUGAUGGUGAAAUCUUUCCUCGUCUACAGAACGUACAUGAAAUCCAGACAGCCGGUGUUUGGAAACUCUCUGAACGAUCAGCAUGGAGCAGACACGCGCUCUUCCUUCUCACAACAUCAGAGUAAUGAGACCGUAAGCAUCUUCAAUCCUUCACAUCUUACAAGAGUAUCUUAUAUAGUAGCUCUCCCUUCUUUUGACAUUAAGAUCAUUUGGUCUCAUCUUCAUUUGCAGGUGAGCAUGAGUGACAUCUUUGUGUAUCAGGCCAUCCACACGAUCGAAUUCUGCCUGGGCUGCAUUUCCAACACGGCCUCGUAUCUGCGGCUCUGGGCUCUCAGUCUGGCUCAUGCGGAGCUGUCAGAGGUGCUUUGGCGGAUGGUUCUUCAGGUGGGACUGAGCUUCUCCUCUGGUAUGGGUUCUCUUAUGUUAGCACUGAUCUUUGCUGCUUUUGCGGUUCUCACGGUGACCGUUCUUCUGGUUAUGGAGGGUCUCUCGGCUUUUCUGCACGCUUUACGGCUACACUGGGUUGAAUUUCAGAACAAGUUUUAUGAGGGCUCUGGCUACAAGUUCACACCCUUGUCUUUCGACAGCCUCUUGAAAACUCAGCAGUAGUAAUUGCUAUAUUAUUUGUUGUACUAUGUGCUAUUUAUCUAUUUCUUUACGUUUUGCUUAUUAUUAUUUUUUGUUUGUAGAUCCCUACGUAUCAUUUUAUUUUAAAGAGAAAAUAGUAGGUUUGGGUUGCAUUGGCCCAUUUGAUUUAACAUUUAUUGGUAAAGUAAUACAUUCAGAAAACAGAAUUAAUCAUAAAAUAACGAUGCACUUCAUU